CACAUUUUCAACCUGGUACGAUUAUUUGACACAAUUUUUAAGUAAAUUAACAAACCGCAACUUUUACUCGGUACCGUUUAAAAAGUGUAAUAAUUACACUUUUUAAUUACUCUGUAAUUAUUGUUCUUCUCAUAUUAACCCGGGCCAUCUACACCUCCCCCAAAUGAUGACGACAUCAAAGUUACACUCCGUCCCGAUGGCAUCGUAAAUUCUGACGAAAUCGACAUCGAGUACACGGUUAAAGUCGAAUAUGCAAAUGACGACGUGACUUUUCCAUUAUAUGACGAAUACAACGAGGGCGCCGGUUGGCGGUGGCCCACGUGGUGAUAAUCCAGCAGAUCCCGACUAUUCAUCCCUUCAGCAGGACACGUUAGCGGUGCCGGGUACGUUUCGUCCUUCUUCCCCCUUGUCGCUGGAACAAUAUUACAAUCAUCCUGGCAACAUGAUAACAAAGAGUGGGUCCACGGAUGCCGAAAUACGGCGGAUUUUCCGCGGCUUGAAGAUUCGGAGAAUGGCGGGAUGGGAGACUGGCGUUGUGCCACAACGGUUGUGGACAAGGGUUGGCUAGCUGAUGCCAAGAAAAAGGUCGUCCCGGCAGUCGCGACGCGGUCGUCCGGAAUUUGGUUGGACACUGAUUGGCCCAUGGUUGUCGCUCGUCUUGCUUCGCACGUGACAGGAACGGAUGGACAAAUCGCUCAAAGCCUGACGGAAGGUUGCUGGGUGGUAGUGAAGGACGAUCUCAUGAAAUCCCUCGGUGCUUUGGGGGCGGAAUGUGUCGCUCGGAAAGACCGCAAUUGGGAAGAAUACAAUAGUGUUCUCCGCGUCGUCGAUCCCUACAGACAUUGCGCCAUCUUGGAUAGAUCGAAUAUAGAGCAGAGUCCCUUUAUUCCUAAGGCGCAACAGGAUCCCAAGGACUUCACUCACUUGCUUCACUUCACGUCUAAACCACCUCGUCUCCCGGAUAAUUCAAUGUCUAGAUUUUUUCCCAUGGAAGUGGGAACAAUGGAACUCAAAUUUCCAACUGCUUCCCGCCGAUGUUACAAUCUCUUGGGAUGGGUCGGCUCAUUUCACCUCGUACGUGAAUGAACUAAAUCCGGCAGAACAUGGGGAAUUGUACGCGGUUCUGGAGCAAGUUAUGUCCGCGUUUGUUCCACUCUUUGAAAAAUUACUGACAGAAAUGGGAUCAGCUGCAGAGGCUGAUCCCAUUUCAGAGGAUUUGAAAAGUCAAGCAUACGCCGGGCAAGGAAGCGAGACAGUGCGGGAACCUUCGUGUCGCCAUUAUCCGUCAGACCCGUGAGAUUGCGAGGUCGAGGCGUGCAAAUUUUGGUGGAAAUGAGCUCGAUAUUUUUGACACCGGAAAAGGCAAAACUCGAGGCGUUCCUUGGAUUGGGACGACCUGGAGCACAUAUUGAGUCCGGCCUUUUCAAAACUUAUGUAAAAUAUCUAGUCAUUACGACAUUGGAUGUAUCUAGCUUGAAAGUGUCUCGUAAAAUUAAGUGCCAUCUAGCCCUCUAUAUCCAUCUUUCAA